AUGGCGGCUUUACCAAAACGGAUCAUCAAGGAGACGGAGAGAUUGAUGCAAGAGCCUGUUCCAGGUAUCAGCGCAGUUCCCCAUGAGGACAAUUUAAGAUAUUUUGAUGUCUCGAUACACGGUCCAUCCUCUUCUCCAUAUGAAGGCGGCAUCUUCAAGCUGGAGUUGUUUUUACCAGAUGACUAUCCGAUGACUCCUCCAAAGAUUAGAUUCCUUACAAAGAUCUAUCACCCAAAUAUUGAUAAGCUCGGCAGAAUUUGUUUGGACGUUCUCAAAGGUAACUGGUCUCCUGCACUCCAGAUUCGAACAAUCCUCCUCUCGAUCCAAGCUCUUCUCGGGGCUCCCAACCCGGACGAUCCAUUAGCUCCAGAAGUGGCAAAGAGAUGGAAAGAGGACGAGCCGGCUGCAAUUGCGACUGCUAGAGAGUGGACAAAAACUCAUGCUGUGGCUUAA